GGCGCCGGCAUAGCACUGAAGCAACAGACACUCGUCGAAGUACGGUGAAGAGAAGCGCCGUGAGUCGGAGAGCAGCAUGGAAAAGAAACGGACGAUCAAUUUUGGCGCAGGACCUGCAAAACUUCCGCAGUCCGUUCUUUUUGAGGCACAAAGGGAGCUGUUGGACUACAACGGCAUCGGCAUUAGCGUUCUGGAAAUGAGCCACCGGUCGUUGGAUUUUGCAAAAAUUAUCAACACGACGGAAAACCUUCUGCGCGAACUUCUGAACAUUCCGGAGAACUACAAGGUGAUGUUCCUGCACGGUGGUGGCACGGCGCAGUUCAGUGCCGUGCCCCUCAACCUGAUAGGUCUGAAGGAGGACCGGUGUGCGGACUACCUGGUCACGGGCACCUGGUCCGCCAAGGCAGCGAAGGAAGCGGAGAAAUACGGCAAGGUGAACGUUAUACACCCCAAACUGGGCAGUUACACAAAGAUUCCCGACCCCGGCAGCUGGACCCCGAACCCCUCGGCUUCCUACGUCUAUUACUGCUGCAACGAGACGGUGCACGGCGUGGAGUUCGACUUCGUACCCGACGCCGGGGGCGUCGUCCUCGUCAGCGACAUGUCAUCCAACUUCCUGUCAAGACCCGUCGAUGUGUCGCAGUUCGGGCUGAUCUUCGCUGGGGCGCAGAAGAACGUGGGCUGCGCGGGGGUGACUGUGGUCGUCGUGCGGGAAGACCUGCUGGGCAAGGCACGGAAGGAGUGUCCCAUCGUUCUGGACUACGAAGUUCAGGCAGGGAACGGCUCUCUGUACAACACCCCUCCCUGCUUCAGCAUCUACAUCAUGAGUCUGGUUUUGGAGUGGAUCAAGAACAACGGUGGCACCGCGGCCAUGGAGAGACUCAACAAGCAGAAGUCGAACAUGAUUUACGACAUCAUUAAUGGGUCCGGCGGUUUCUACGUGUGCCCUGUGGAUAUGAGCUGCAGGAGCCGCAUGAACAUCCCAUUUCGUAUUGGAGGGAAGGAAGGGGAUGAAGCCCUGGAGAAGAAGUUCUUGGAUGGAGCUUCAAAGUUGGGAAUGAUCUCCCUGAAAGGGCACCGGUCCGUGGGGGGUAUCAGAGUAUCGCUGUACAACGCUGUAACCAUGGAGGACGUGGGCGUGCUGGCAGCCUAUAUGAAGGAGUUCCUGCAGGAGCACCAGUAGGGAUGGAUGCGUUGCACCACUGAGCUGCAAUAUAUAUCUUCCCACACUGUUAGUGUUGUUUAGAGGAGUUAAUGGAUGUCAUAGAGCAAAGAUUUAGAGAGAAAACU